UUACACUACAGUAUGUAAUGUUCGUCCACUCACUCACGAAGUUCAUAAGGGUAUUAUUAGAAGGAAAAGGAUAACUUCUAGUCAUUCCACAUUAUAACAAGAUCUGCUUGUGCAAGCAAAUAAUUGAGCGUAAGCAUUAUUUGUUUGCAAAUGAUAUUAUCAAAAAUUCUAUUUGAUCACGAUAAAAAGUUCUAAUAGUUGUACGACUUGAAUGCGCGCUGUGUUUGAACAAAUAUCGAGUUGCAUUUCAAUAGAUAUCUACAUGGUUAACUCAACCUGAUAUUGAUUGAUGGAGUGUUUUGCUGAUUUACUAAGUAAAAAUGAGAGCGUUCAGGUUACGGCGGCCGAAGAUUUAAAGGACUUUGUGCAUAGUUCUACAAAAGAACUUUCGGGAGAAUCACUGGCUCGAUUUAAUAACGAAAUUAAUCGGAGGAUUUUUGAACUCAUUCACAGUCAUGAUAUUCAUGAACGUUUCGGUGGUAUCCUUGCAAUUGGGAAACUAAUCGAAUAUGAAAGCGAUGGAGAUAUCACGAACUUAUCGCGUUAUGCAAAUUAUUUGCGUAUGACACUUCCAAGUACGGAUUUCCGUACUAUGGAACUUUCUGCGAAAGUACUUGGGCAGCUGGCUGCUUUAGGUGGAACACUGGCAGCCGAGCUUGUUGAGUUUGAAGUGCAACGUGCAUUUGAAUGGCUUCAAGGGGAUCGACAGGAGCAAAAACGGAUGGCGUCUGUACUAAUUUUGAAGUCUCUGGCUCAAAACUCACCCACCUUAGUUUAUUUGUAUAUAAGUGAAAUUUUCCAAAAUCUGUGGAUAACCCUUCGUGAUCCCAAGCCUUCAAUUCGAGAAACUGCCGCAGAUGCUUUAGGUGCUUGUUUAGAUGUUGUUUGCCAGCGUGAGGCCAAGGUUCAAUUACAGUGUUUUAGCAAAGUGCUAUUGCAAGCUGAAUUUGGGCUGCGGCAAUCCAGUGUGGAAUAUUUGCAUGGAAGUUUGCUCGCUUAUAAAGAACUUUUUGAAAAGUCAGGUUCGUUUAUUCGUGAACACUAUGUUGCAUUCUGUGAUUUGGUACUUCGCUUACGCGAGCAUCGCGACGGGACUAUACGCCGUUCAAUCUUAUUGCUACUGCCUACUUUGGCAGAGUAUAAUCCCAGUAAGUUUCAACUAAGGUACUUAGAUCCUUUCAUGGUUUACCUGCUAUCCCAAAUCCGAAAAGACAAAGAGAAACCGCUCGCUUUUGAAGCUAUUGGAAGAAUUGCGAUGGCUGUCAAGGAAGCUAUGAUCCCGUAUCUACAGAGCAUUCUGUUAGUUAUUCGUGAUACUUUGACUACUAAAGUAAGAGAUAAACACCAACAAGAAAAACCAGUUUUCGAAUGUAUAGGUAUGCUUGCCGCUGCUGUUAAAUUGGAAUUGUUGGAAGAUUCGCGUAGUCUUUUAGGUCUAAUAUUUUCUUGCGAGUUAAGUAUACAUUUACGGCAAGCACUUGUUAAGAUGGCUGAGAACAUUCCUCCUUUACUUGCUCCUGUUCAAGAACGUUUGUUAAAUAUGGUUAGUCAGAUUCUUACUGGAAAAAAUUUCGAGAUUCGAAACAACGACACCUAUACUCCAAGCUUUACAAAUUUAUAUUCAGCAAAAGAAAAUAAUCAACGUUGUAAGAACGUUGAGCCUAUUAUUCUGGCUUUGGAAACGUUAGGUACCUUCAAUUUUACGGGAUAUUCGCUGAUUAGUUUCACGCAAGAGUCAGUUUUAUCCUAUCUCGAUAACGACAAUCCUGAAGUUCGUAUCGCGGCCGCCAGGACGUGCUGCCAAGUUUUUGCUAGAGAUCCUGUAUGUCGUAAAACUACUCCUUUAGCUAUAGAGUCUGUCGCCGAAGUACUUGAGAAGCUUCUUACCUUAGGAAUUGCAGAUUCGGACCCCCGAAUAAGAGAAACUGUGCUCUCAUUGCUAGACGAGCGGUUUGAUCGUCAUUUGGCUCAUCCUGAUAACAUUCGUUGCCUUUUCAUAGCUUUAAAUGAUGAGGUAUUUUCUAUUCGUGAGAUUGCUAUUGUAAUCAUUGGGCGACUCGCGUUAUACAAUCCGGCUCAUGUCAUGCCUUCUUUGCGAAAAACAAUAAUACAGUUGCUUUCCGAUUUAGAGUAUUCAGGGAACAGCCGUCAAAAAGAAGAAAGUGCUCAGUUGCUAAAACUACUUGUUUCCAAAGCUCGAAUGCUCAUAAAGCCUUAUAUUGAAUCCAUAAUGCACGUUAUUUUACCGAAAGCUUCCGAUCCUAGUCCAGGAGUAUCUUCUGCGAUUAUAUCUGCUUUAGGUGAAUUAGCAAGUGUAGAAGGAGACGACAUUCCUGCUGACGUUCGGUCUUCUUUUAUGAACCUCAUCUUAUUCAGUCUUCAAGACCAAAGCUCAACUCUAAAACGGUUGGCAUCUUUAAAAUGUUUGAGACAACUCUGUGGUGCUUCCGGUUACGUUAUUGAGCCGUACAUGGAUUAUCCUUAUUUAUUAAACAUAUUAAUCGAGAUAUUACAAUCGGAACAACCAACACCUAUAAAAAGAGAAGUUUUAAGGACCUUAGGUGUCUUAGGAGCGCUUGAUCCUUAUACUUAUUUGGCUACCGAGCAAUGUUCCGAUAAGUUACAGAAAAGUCAGUCUACACAUCAAAGCUUUUUUUCUCAUUUGCCGAGCUCUCAGUAUGACUCUUUAGAGAACUAUGCUAUGGUUGCCGUUGUUACCUUGGUUCAGAUUCUUAAAGACAGCUCUCUAGCAAUGCAUCAUACGUCUGUUGUUCAAGCAGUAAUGCAUAUAUGCUCCCAACUGAAGUUUAAAUCUGUUGCUUUUCUUCCUCAGUUAGUCCCUACAUUUUUGCAGGUAAUGACAAGCUUGUCCCCUUCAUCUGUUGAAUUGUAUUUUCAACAACUUACAACUCUGACUUCUAUAGUGGGACCGAAAAUAAAGGAUUAUAUAUCUGAAAUUUUCAAUUUAUCGAAAACUUUUUGGGAUACAUCUACUUCACUUUUACUUGUAAUAAUAGAUUUGAUUGAUUCGAUCGCCGUUGCAUUGGAAGAUGAGUUCAAGUUCUAUUUACCACAAAUUCUUUCUCAUAUGUUGAAGUCCUUCUCUUCGGAUACAUCAUCAACUAGGGUGAUUUCCUAUAAAAUAUUACAGUCAUUUGUCAUUUUUGGAUCUAAUAUUGAAGAAUACAUGCACUUAGUACUGCCGGUUAUCAUUAGAAGCUUCGAACGUGACACGGUUCCAUUACAAUUUCGGAAGAGUGCAUUGAAGUGUAUCUCGCAACUUUUGCAUCUAGUUAACUUUUCCGAUCAUGCCUCUCGAAUUAUUCAUCCUUUAGUUCGCAUGCUGACAAAGUCAAACAGUGAAUUGAAAAUGGUCAUAAUGGACACAUUGUGUUCCGUGGUUUCCCAGCUAGGUUAUGACUAUGCAGUAUUUAUUCCUAUGGUUAAUAAGGUUCUCGUACAUCACAAAAUUACCCACCAAACUUAUGACCUUCUUGUCUCAAAAUUACUCAAAGGUGAAUCCUUACCAAAGGACUUAAUAGCCAAUGAAUUUCAGCAGAUAUCUUCUUUAAAAUUUGAAUUGGAGGACCCACCUUUGACCAAAUUACCCGUAGAUCAAUCGUCUUUAAAAGCUUCAUGGGAAGCGUCACAGAAACUCACUCGAGAUGAUUGGCAAGAUUGGAUACGAAGACUCAGCGUCGAGCUAUUGAAGGAAUCGCCCUCUUCAGCGUUAAGGUCUUGUUCUAGUCUGGCUGGAAUCUACCAUCCGCUUUCCCGCGAUUUAUUCAACGUCAGUUUUCUUUCUUGUUGGGAUGAGUUAAGUGCCAGUAAUAAAAGAAGUUUAGUCAAAUCAAUUGAGACGGCAUUAAAUGCGCCGAACAUAUCAGUUGAAAUUUCUCAAAUUUUACUUAAUCUUGCGGAAUAUAUGGAGAGAGAAGACAACGCUCUUCCGAUAUCUAUUGAAGCAUUAAGUGCACAUGCUUCAAAAGCUAACGUGUACGCCAAAGCCUUACAUUACACUGAAUUACAAUUUAUGGAUGAAACAAAAGAAGAUGUCAGUAUUGGCACUAUUGAAUCGUUGAUUACGAUAAACAAUCAUCUUCAACAAUCCGAUGCAGCUGUUGGCAUGUUACAAUACGCGAAGCAACAUAAACAAUUUAACCUUAAGGAAACUUGGUACGAGAAACUGCAGAGAUGGGAUGAUGCUUUAGCUGCUUAUGAGAUGCGAGAAGCUGAAGGUGAACACUCAUUUGAAAUCAGUUUUGGGAAACUUCGCUGCUAUUUUGCUUUAGGUGAUUGGGAUCAUCUUUCACAUUUGGCUCAGGAGACUUGGGUAAUAUCUGAACAAGAACAUCGUGAAGCUAUUGCUCCACUUGCAGCUGCUGCUGCAUGGGGUCUUGGUCAGUGGGAUUUAAUCGGUGAAUAUGUCAGUGCCAUGGAUAGAGAACCUCAAGAGAAAGAGUUUUUUUCCGCUAUCCAUGCCGUGCAUAAGCGGCAGAAUGAAAAGGCUUAUUUACAUAUUGAAAGACAUCGGGAUAUACUUGUCAAUGACCUUUCUUCUAUAAUUAGAGGAAGCUACAAUCGUGCAUAUGGUAUAAUGGUAAAGUCCCAGAUGUUAUCGGAAUUAGAAGAAAUUAUCGAGUACAAGAAUAAUGAAUCAUUUGAGGGGAAUUCGGAUUCUUUGAAAAAAACUUGGAAAAAACGACUUCAGGGAUGCCAGAAAAACGUUGAUGUAUGGCAUAAUACCUUACGUUUCAGAGCUCUUGUAUUUUCUCCUACACAUUCUCCUGAAAUGUGGAUCGAAUUGGCCAAUUUGUGCCGUAGAUCUGAUCGACUGAAGUUGGCUGGUAAAUGCUUGAACUACCUAAUGGGCCGUGAUCCAUCAAAACCGUACCCAAUCGAUUCUUUAAAAUCUAUAAAUCCACGAGUUGUAUAUACAUAUUUGAAAUUUUUAUGGGCAAAUAACAAUAAAGAGGUUGCUGUGGCAGGCUUAGAAGAAUUCACGAGUUAUUUAUAUUCAAGAAACAAAAGCAAUAGGACUAUACCGUUUAUGGAUUUAGAUGAAUUGUCAAAUGACUAUGAAGUCAGCGAUGAACAAUCAUUUCUUGCAAGAUGCUUUCAUAAACAGGGAAAAUGGAAGAAGAUGUUGCAGAGGUCUAUGUCAAAGGAAGAUGUCACAGAAAUACUAAUUUCUUAUUAUAAUGCGACUAUAUGUGACAAAACUUGGUAUAAAGCUUGGCAUUCUUGGGCACUUGUGAAUUUUGAAGUUGUUGGGUAUUAUGAGCAAUCGGACGCAGGCAUUGGGAGCGAAAUGUAUUCGCAAUAUAUUGUUCCAGCGAUUAGAGGAUUCUUCAAGUCAGCUGCUCUCAGUCCAAGGAAUUCUUUGCAGGAUAUUUUGCGAUUAUUAAAUUUAUGGUUCAAAUUUGGAGAACACAAAGAUGUUUCUGCUGCGAUCACAGAAGGGUUCUCAAACGUGCCUAUGGAUACGUGGUUGGAGGUAAUUCCACAACUAAUUGCUCGAAUCCAUACGUCCAGUACGUCAGUUCGUUCUUCUGUUCAUCAACUGUUGUCGGAUAUCGGACGAGUUCACCCUCAGGCAUUGGUUUACUCCUUAACGGUGUCUUCCAAGUCUACUAAUAUUCAACAAAAGCAUUCUGCUAAGUCUAUUAUGGAUAAUAUGCUUUCACAUAGUGAUACUUUGGUACGUCAAGCUCUUUUAGUCAGUCAUGAAUUGAUUCGCGUUGCUAUAUUAUGGCACGAACUAUGGUAUGAAGGUUUAGAAGAAGCUUCUCAAGCAUAUUUUACAGAGCAUAAUACUUCUUUGAUGAUUGAAAUUAUUACACCUCUUCAUGAGAUAUUAGAAAAGGGACCGUCUACAUUAUCGGAAGUCUCAUUUGCGCAGUCAUUUGGUUACGAUCUUCGCCGAGCCAAAAAUUGUUGGAAGAGGUACUUAAGGAGUGAUGAUUUAACAGAGCUGAAUCAGUCUUGGGAUAUAUAUUAUCAAGUUUUCAGACGUAUCCAAAGACAGUUGCCUAAAAUUAAGCAUAUAGAAUUGCAGUAUGUAUCUCCGAAGCUUCUGGACGCUUCCAAUUUGGAGUUAGCUGUACCAGGAACAUAUGGACAUAAUAAACCUGUGAUCAAAAUUGCUCAUUUUCAUCGCAAAUUUGAGGUUAUAUCUUCUAAACAGAGACCCCGGCGGUUUACUAUACGCGGUAGUGACGGAAAGGAUUAUCAAUAUCUUUUGAAGGGACACGAAGAUUUGAGACAAGAUGAGCGAGUUAUGCAAUUAUUUGGAUUGUGUAAUACUUUGUUAACAACUGACUCAGAGACCUUUAAGAGACGACUUAGUAUAGAACGGUAUCCUGUCAUACCUUUGUCUCCAAACUCAGGAUUACUUGGAUGGGUGCCUCAUAGUGACACUCUGCACUCGUUGAUUCGCGAUUUUCGUGCCAAGCGACAUAUCAUGUUGAACCACGAAUAUCGCAUGAUGCUACAAAUGGCGCCUGAUUAUGAUAGCUUGACCCUUUUACAAAAGCUAGAAGUUUUUGAGUAUGUUUUGGCAAACACGGAUGGCCAUGACUUAUAUCAUUUACUUUGGCUCAGAAGUCCCAACUCAGAAGCAUGGUUAGAUCGAAGGAUCAGUUUCACCCAAAGUCUAGCAUUAAUGUCGAUGGUAGGCUACAUAUUAGGCUUGGGCGAUAGACACCCUUCAAACUUAAUGAUGGAUCGAUAUACAGGUAAAAUUAUUCACAUUGAUUUCGCCGAUUGUUUUGAAGUCGCUAUGCAUAGAGAUAAGUUCCCCGAGCACAUACCCUUUAGACUCACUCGUAUGCUUAUCAACGCCAUGGAGGUAAGUGGCAUCCAAGGGACCUAUACUAUCACAUGCGAACAUGUUAUGAGAGUCUUGAGAUCCAACACUGAAUCUUUAAUGGCGGUUUUGGAAGCGUUUGUUUAUGAUCCUUUAAUUAACUGGAGACUCAUGACGAAGGGUUCUUUUGGAGUUACGACGACUCUAAAAGCCGGGUCAAGUAGUGUGGAAGAGAAGAGUCGUUCUUUUGUUCAUCGAAUCCGCCAUUUGGACUAUGCCAAUGAAGAUAAAAAUAAUGGAUCUGAAAACUUAAAUGAAAGAUCUAUCCAAGUCCUGAAACGGGUAUCUAAUAAACUGACCGGAAAAGAUUUUCAUUUUACAGAAGAAUUGCCUGUUAAAACACAAGUAGAAAGACUGAUCCAACAAGCUACAGCGCCCGAAAAUCUUUGUCGUUGCUACGUGGGUUGGUGCAGUUUCUGGUAA